UGCCGCUGACGUCACUGAAAGUAUGUGAGGGUUCAGGGCUGGAGGGUUUAUGGUGGAGAUUGGGAUUCAGCAAACAAGUUAGUUAUUUCUGCUGUGGACACCAGAAGCUGCCUCACACCACAGGUCAGCCUGACACACCGUAGAUCUGCAGCCAGACCCCUCUCGGGUCAAGAUCUGCUCAUCACAACAGAUUUGCAAAUGGAAUCUCGACCGCAACUUUUCGACUUUCAUGGAGUCUCAAUGACUCACUAUGUCACCAACAACUGGGAGAAUGUUCAAAACUUUCAGGCUCGACCGGAUGACAUACUCAUUGCCACAUACCCCAAAGCAGGAACCACUUGGGUCUCCUACAUACUCGACCUGCUGUAUUUUGGUCGGGUGUCUCCAGAGCGCCAAACAUCCCUCCCUAUCUAUAAAAGAGUGCCUUUCUUGGAGGUCGCUUUUCCAUCUUUGGUUUCAGGAACAGAGAUGGCUGACAAGCUCCCCACCCGCCCUCGACUCAUUAAAACUCAUCUCCCAGUCCAGUUUGUGCCAAAGUCGUUUUGGGAACAAAACUGCCGGAUCGUCUACUUGGCCCGCAACGCCAAAGACAACAUGGUGUCUUUUUACCACUUUGAUCGCAUGAAUGUGACGCAGCCGGAGCCUGGAGACUGGAGCAGCUUCUUCCAGAGAUUCAUGGAGGGAAAGAUGUUGUUCGGCUCCUGGUACGACCAUGUGAACGGCUGGUGGAAGAAAAAACAGACUCAUUCAAAACUGCAUUAUAUGUUCUACGAAGACAUGAUUGAGGAUAUUGGACAGGAAAUGGACAAACUCUGCUCCUCCCUCGGAUUGGUUCCCUCAGCUGAAGAGAAGCGAGCAAUCGUAGUUGAAGCGCAGUUUGAUAACAUGAAAAAGAACGAUAUGACCAACUAUUCAACAGUUCCAUGUAUGGAUUUCAAAGUUUCUCACUUCAUGAGAAAAGGGAAGGUGGGAGACUGGAAGAGCCACUUCACCGUGGCCCAGAAUGAAGCGUUUGAUCAGGACUACCAGAAAAAGAUGAAGGAUCCCACACUUCAGUUCCACACUAACAUUUGAGCAGGACUGCUCACGCUGUGUCUGUUGUGCUGCAUGUAUGGACCAAUGACUGGAUGGGGCCUCCUGCUUGAAAGUCCAGAGCCUUAAAUGUGAAAGGAAAGUAGUAUUUAUUCCAGCUAAUCUUUAUCUUUGUAGGCAGGGGAACUCAUAACAUUACUGAUUUAGUUAUUUAAAUGUGUAGAAGAAAGCUGUGCCUUAAAAUAGUGAAUGGAUAAUAUCAAGCUGUGCAUUUAUGUUAAAAGGGUGCAGAGAAAUGUCAUUUUGUGAAUGUUAAACAAUCCAACAAUGAAGCUGUAUAUGUCUUAAAAUAUGAUUCAUUUUCAUAA